UCUAAAAAUGUAUUACUGUAUAUAAUCACGUUAGUGCUAGUAAUUGUCGGAGUAGUUGCUAAAUCUAGUCAAUGAUACUAAUGCUGCCGUUCCAAGGUAUGACAGUCAUCCACGAUUUCAGUGUGUGAUCUUUUUGUCAAAAAAAAGAGGUCGUUCGAAAUUCCAAGUGAAUAUAUUCUACUACUUUUAGAAUGUGAACACAUAAUGUAUAUUUCGUGCAAGCGUGCAUAAAGUGUUAUGUUUUCGGAACGCGUGUCAGGAUUAAAUUAGAAUUGGCUUAGAUCAAUGGGGCGCUUUUUGCGAUACUUAUCAAGAUGAAUACAAACAUUAAAGCAGUUUGUCACUAAAUGUGAAAAUUGUAAAAUGUAAAAAUUAGACAUUCCAUCAGACGGCUGGGUCCCAGCACAAAGUGUAUCUAAGUCCGGAGAUAGAUUACCACGCGCUCCCAAAUUUAGCAGGCUUCGAACUGAACGUUCAUUAAUUUCUGCAGCAUGACACUGGCGCAUUGUUCCGUUGACGUCGGUAUGUGUUGCUGGCACUUUGAAAAGUCUAAAAUAGUUCGCUUUGCACAUAAGCUUUGGUCCCGAUUUGGUGUGUUUUUACAACUACUAUUCUUGAGUUGAUUUGAUGACUACCGCUUAACCUCAUUCGAUUACGGACAAUGUCAUCAGAAGUGGAGUCGGUACCUGCCGAAGCCGAAAUUUUGGAAAUGGGUGAAAAGGUGGCAGAAGGCGCCAUUCAGCCGGUCGUCAGUGUGGUUAGCGGACAAGCCACAGGUGACAUGGAUCAGGAGUGGGUCACUGCCGCCGGGAACUUUUUACCUAGUGGGCAAGAUCUUAUUGUCGUGACACAGUCUCCGAACGGCAAUGUCAUUAGUCAGUCAACAUAUCGAAGUAGCGGCACGGCCACCGCUGGCGGUUUGGCCGAGGUUGAUGAUACGACCGAAGUUGUAGCCGUCCUCGAAUCAGCUUCAAAAAAACGCCGAAUGAAGACGACCCCUUCCGAAGAAGACGGCGCCCCUCGACUUAAAAGAUGGUACCGUCAAAAGUUCUGCGAAGCCUGGACGCUCGAUGAACGUUUCAAGGACUGGAUUGCACGGGUAUCUAACGAUCCCUACAAGGCAUACUGCCGCUUCUGCAAGGUUGAGUUAAGGGCUGGCAGCUCGGAAUUCUUACGCCACAUGAAAACCAAGUACCAUAGUGAUGUCCAGUCGCUAAACCGACAACAACAACAACAUCACGCACAACAACCACAGACCGUGCCUCACAGUAAAGAGCUCUAUUGUGUCCUCGAAGAACAUAACAGUGCCCAGGAUAAUACUACGCCCAUUGUGUCACAAAUAGUGCAGUACGAAGGCAACAGCGUACUGAUGGAGUACGGCGAUACCCUGCAACAGCGCCAUCAGGAACACGAGAUUGCGACUACGAACUCUGCCGCCCAUCCAGAUGAUCGAGGGUCGCACGUUGUUACGCAACAAUCAUCACAGCAACAGCAACAGCUGCUGCAUCAACAACAAUCUUCUCCUCAGCCAUUAGCAGUUCAUGGUCAGGCUGCAGUAUCAGUACUGCAUCAUUCACUUCAAUCACCGCGACCUAUAACUAGCCAGCACGAAGACUGGGAGCUAACGCGAUUACGGAUCAUGCGCCCGGCACCAGCCUUUCGGGGAAAAGCGUUCACCGAGGGUACAAUAAAAGAUAUUCGCUUAUCCGAUUAUUUAGGUAAAUUUGUACUGUUGACAUUUUAUACCGACGAUUUCAACAACAGUUCGAUUGGCUUACUACAAGAGCUAAUAGCCCAUCACGGCGAAUUUGCGAGGCUUGGCUGUGUCCUUCUGGCCGCGUCAACGAAUUCCGUGUUGACACACAAGGCGUGGGCUACGUCGAUUUCGGAUAAUUCGGCUAAAAUCCCUAUUCCGCUGGUGGCUGACUUCAACAAGAAAGUCGCGCUGGCAUUUGGCGUUUACGAUGAGGAAAGCGGUUACGCGUUUCCAUCAUCAUUUCUAAUUGACGCCCGUGGCUGUGUAAGACACAUGAUUAUGCAUGACUUGAGUAGGGCGAUAGCUCUCGAUGAACCGCUGCGGUUCCUUCGGUCGAUCGUGAAGAAAUCUGACGCAAAUAAGGUCGAUUUGUAGUGAUCGUAUUAUUAUAUAUUCUUAUAAUUGUAUGCUGUUUAUUUAAGCGGUUAUCAAUAGCGUGCUAUCCUCUUUACCGUAUUAAUGGAAUGAUGAUCGAAAUGAUUAGACAAACGCUUGAAGUAUAUACAAUGUUUAUACAUUAUUGGUAGCUGUUUUUGAAACAGAGGUACAAAUUGUGCUGCGCUCGCUUGCUUCGUUUUGAAAGUUGCCUAAUGAAAGUAAAAAAUAACAUGGCUUUGUAGUGUUCUUACAUUAUGAUUCAUUUAUCAGAGCGAAAAGCACAGGCCGACGUUAAAAAGUUUUAUACCGAAUCAAUUUCACCUUUAUAGCCGAAAUAAUUUAAGGCUUGAAAAAUUGACGUUUGCCUUGAUUUGGUUCACGAUGCGCCGCAGAUCAGCAUAGGAGAAAAACACUGUAAAUAUAUUAGAUGACAACAAUGAAAUAUUCCAAGGAUAAAAUCUCUCCUGACUAAUGUUUAUCGUACAAAAAUAUUGGAUGAUUCUCAAUACAAAAAGUACUACCAAUGUAAAAUUAUAUAAAGUGACAUGAUGUUAUUUUCUAUAAAUUUUCGAUUGUGGGCUUUGGUUUUUCAGACGUACGAUGAAAGCCUGGAACUAAAUUAAUAUCUAUAGUACCUGGUUAGGUAUCAUCUGGUGGUAUUUCCUUUGGGGAUGAAACUUACCUCUAAAUUAGCUUCCUGUUGCAGUAAUUCCUGUAUUUUAGAGUUCCGAUGUGGUGCCACUCUACAGCGGCCUAAAAACCCAUAUAAUGCUGUUAAUUUUUGUAUUUAGCUAUAUUGAGUUGAGUAACAAGGUAUUGAAUGUAUAUAGUGUAAAAUACAAGCGUAUUAUUACCAAUAAAUCUUGCCCGUAUACAUUUGUUCUAAUUGCGAUCCUAUUUCAAUCUAUUAUUUGAUUUCUUGUCGUAGUCGUUAUGAACAACCAAGUGU